AGAGAGAGAGAAAGAGAACGGAAGCAUCUAGAAUUCCUUUCUCUGCAGGCAACCGACUUUAGUAGCAGGAGAGGGGCAGCACUGAUGCUUUUUAUAGUUAUUUUCUACUACAUAUGUAUGGAGAAAAGAGAAGAGAUAGAUUUUGAACAAUCGAGUUUGUUAGAUCGAUAAAUCGAAGGGAAAUGGAUAGAAGAGGAAGCUUAACAAAGGGAAUGCUGCCGCUGCUGGCAAUUCACGCUGUAAGCGAGUACUAUAGGCUGCCAUGGAAACCUCCUGUCACCGCGGCUCUUCUCGGUGCCAAUACUCUCAUCUAUUUGAGGCCUGCUUUUCUCCGUCAUAUCCUUCCCUCUAUCGAUCAAGUCUGGUUUAAUCCCCACCUCAUUCUUAAGUAUAGGGACCUGAAACGCUUCCUGCUCUCACCAUUCUAUCAUGUGAGUGACUCUCAUCUCGUUUACAACAUGAUGUCGCUCUUAUGGAAGGGAAUUCAAUUGGAAACUUCUGUGGGAAGUGUUGAAUUUGCAUCUAUGCUUGCUGCUUUACUUGCUAUGUCCCAGGGUAUUACACUGUUGCUAGCCAAGUCCCUCCUCCUCUUCUUUGAUUAUGACAAACCUUUCUACUCUGAAUAUUCUGCUGGAUUUUCUGGUGUUCUAUUUGCCAUGAAAGUUGUCCUCAAUUCUCAGUCCGAGAGUCUUACUAAUGUCUAUGGAUUGGUCAUACCGGCACGCCAUGCUGCAUGGGCAGAGUUGAUUCUUAUCCAAAUGUUUGUACCUGGUGUCUCAUUUCUUGGCCACCUCGGGGGAAUACUUGCUGGGAUUCUCUAUCUCAAGUUGAAGAGAGCUUAUUCAGGACCAGACCCACUCACUCUAACCAUCAGAACCCUUACCAAUGUAAUAAGCUGGCCUCUGAGGUUUGUGAGGAAUUUAUUUCAAUUCCGGCGAGGACGGAUUUCUGGUCGUGGAAGUGUUGGUGGGAGGCAGACGGGAAGGACAAUGUCAGGGCUGUGGAGAUGCCAAGCAUGUACAUAUGAUAAUUCCAGUAUGUUAAGUGUAUGUGAGAUGUGCGGGACAAGUCGGGGAGCUCGUGGAUUGUCCUCCCGUGAAUUUUCACGCCAUUCCGAUGACCUUACAUUGGAAGAAAUACGUCUUCGAAGGAUCGAAAGAUUUGGUUGAUCAGAUUCUUAACUCAUUUUAUACGCCACCAUUUGUUUUUUGAUUCUGUAGCCAAGUUAGAUGUGGAUUAAGACCAGUUCUCAAGUUUGGCAGACCUCUCCGCCCAUUUUUAUACUCGAGGUCCCUUUUCUUUGAGAUGUAGCUGGUCGGUGUUUGCUUUCGUAAAAGAAGUAGAAGAUAGAUUUUCCACUCAAUCUCUUGGUUGUGGAUGCAAAGCAGAAAUGAGCAAUGGGAUAGCCCUCGAGUGUUUGAUGUUGUUUUCAAACAUUAGAUGAUUGCUUUGUGAAAGGAGUGGAAGUCAUCGAUUAAUGUUUAGCGACUUGCGCGGGAAGGCUUUCUGGUUGUUUUUUUAUUUAUUU